GUUUCGCCCGUGCAGGGUGCAGCGCUGGGACUCAUGCAUGGGUGGGAUAGAUAGCCGGCGUUUUCGGCGUCGGCUCCAGCGCCUCUUCAGUCUUCAGCCCUGGAGACAGAGGCAGCUCUUCUUCCUUUCAGUAGUUGUCUGUCUUUGAGCAGAGCCACCUCCAAUCCAGCCAGAGCGCCUGCCUGCCUGCAGAGCGAUGAUGGCGCUGAGCGAGAGGCAGCCGCAGUCGGAGAAGAAGGCCCCCCGGGCGAGGCCCAUGUCGGGAAAGGCCGUCUUCGUGCUCUGCGCCACCAGCUUCUUCGUGGGGCUGCUGCUCAGCGGCCGGAUGACGGUGCUGACGCCGCCGGCGUCGGGCAGCCACGGCGGCUCCAGGAUCGCCCUCUUCUCCGACGACGACUGCGAGCACAGGCGUAAGCUGGAAGAAGAGAGCAACCCGAACGAUGUCAUGAACGAGGUGACACGAACCCACCAAGCCAUUCGGUCUCUUGACAAGUCGGUGUCGUCGCUGGAGAUGGAGCUGGCGGUGGAGCGCGCCAAGAGGAACGGCGGCCUGGGCGCGGCGGUGCCGUCCAAGGGCCUCCCGAAGGUGUUCGUGGUGGUGGGCAUCAACACCGCCUUCAGCAGCAAGAAGCGGCGCGACUCGCUCCGCGACACCUGGGUGCCCCGGGGCGACAAGCUCCGGCAGCUGGAGAAGGAGAAGGGGGUGGUGGUGCGGUUCGUGAUCGGGCACAGCGCCACGCCCGGCGGCGCGCUGGACCGGGCCAUCGACGUGGAGGAGGCGGAGACGAGGGACUUCAUGCGGCUGGACCACGUGGAGGGCUACCACGAGCUCUCCUCCAAGACCAGGAUCUACUUCGCCGCCGCCGUCGCCACCUGGGACGCCGCCUUCUACGUCAAGGUCGACGACGACGUGCACGUCAACCUAGGGAUGCUGACGAACAGGCUCGCCAGGUACCGGACGACGCCGAGGGUGUACGUGGGGUGCAUGAAGUCCGGCCCGGUGCUGUCGCAGAAGGGCGUCAAGUACCACGAGCCGGAGUCGUGGAAGUUCGGGGACGAGGGGAACAAGUACUUCCGCCACGCCACGGGGCAGAUCUACGCCAUCUCCAGGGACCUCGCCUCCUACAUCUCUAUCAACCAGCCGAUACUGCACCGGUUCGCGAACGAGGACGUGUCGCUGGGCGCGUGGCUCAUCGGGCUCGAGGUGGAGCACGUCGACGACCGGAGCCUCUGCUGCGCCACGCCGCCAGACUGCGAGUGGAAGAAGCAGGCCGGGAACGUGUGCGCGGCGUCCUUCGACUGGUCCUGCAGCGGCAUCUGCAAGUCCGUCGACAGGAUGAGGGCCAUCCACAGCGCCUGCGGCGAGGGCGACGGAGCCGUCUCCAACUUCGCCGCCGCCUGAUCGGCCGCGCCGCCCCUAGUGUCGACCAAGCUAUGUUACAUGCUUUGUGUUUUUGUCAGACUUGAAAACUAUCAUCAGAGAAAGGAACCGGCUGUAGUUUCCGGCCGGCGGCAGGUAAACCGUAGAAACGUAGCGGCGUUUUGAGAACAGAGCAUCUCGUGGUUUGGUGAUCCAACCGAAGGUCAUGUCUUCUUUUAUUAGUUUGCAAAAAAAAAAGUCUUCUUUUAUCAGGACAGGAGUAUCUAGCGAACGUCAGAGUAUAACAAGUUUAAUUGACGAGGACAGGAGUAUCUAGCGAACGUCAGAGUAUAACAAGUUUAAUUGACGAGCAUGACAAAUACUCCUAA